AUUGUCUUUCUGCAACUCAAUUCAAGAUAUAUGAAAGAUGAGAGGAGCACCGACCAUGGCAUUCGCCUUGUUGCUGCUUUUCUUCAUGGACAUAGCCACCUCCAAGUCAGAUGACUGGAGAGAGAGGCAAGGCAUAGGCCAACCCAAGGUGAGCCACCUCCACUUCUACUUCCAAGGAGUGCUCACCGGACCAAACCCCACAUCCGUACUCGUGGCCGAAUUGAAUAGCACCCAGGCCUCACCCACUAGCUUCGGUAGCAUCUACGUUCAUGACGACCUACUAACAGAAGGCCCCAACCUCACUUCGAAGCUGAUCGGCACAGUACAGGGAAUUGAAGUAGUUUCUUCUCAGACAGAGUUAAGCGUCACCAUGGCGCUCAACUUUGUGUUCACGGGUGGCGAAUUCAAUGGAAGCACGCUCACGGUGGUCGGAAGGAACCCGAUACUGCAGGAUGUGAGGGAGAUGCCUGUGGUGGGUGGAAAUGGAGUUUUAAGACUGGCUCAGGGCUAUGCACUACUGCGGACUAUUUCGUUCGACGCCGCUGCAGUUACUGUGGAGUAUAACGUCACUGUGAUCCAUUGCUAGCUUUUUAUGAUAAAAGGGGUUCUUGUCUACCAAUAUCUUUGGUCAGAUUCAUCAAUAAAUGUUGUAAUUUGUGGUGUGGCAUUUGUUGAUUGAUGAGAAACGCGAUGGAUGCAAUUUUGCCUCGAAGACAUCUUUCUCGAGGGGAAUGAAGAAGACGAGGGACCACAAAUAGCCCUUAAAUCUUAAUCCUCUAUGUUCCAUAGGACAAAGUCUCAUCAAGUUAGCCGUGUUGCCUUUUAUCAUCAGGCGGUCUCAUUAUCA